GCAUGCAAAGAAAACCCAGAAUAUAAAUAGAGUGUGUGAUUGUGAGAGACAUUCAGACGCACUGGGCAGACUGCUAGAAUGGCUCUGACAGCGAUUAGUCUUUUGUGCUUUGCAGCUUUGCUGCCUUUCCCAGGGCUGGGACUGCCUGCAGACUCAGGCAAGCUGGAACAGGUACCUGUUAGAGUGACUGUCAUUAAUGAUUUCACCAAUGAGCAGGUUUCCUACUCCACCACUGUGGUAGAGGAAGGGCUGAUGUUUGGUGCCUUAAAUCAACUGCAGAGCUCCAACGACGAUUUCAAAUUCACAUACGGUACUGAUAAAAGCUUUGGCUUAUAUCUGAAGAGUGUGAACGGAUUGGUUGGAUCUGAUGUGGACCAGACAUACUGGGAGAUUCUGUCUGAAAAAUCAGGAGUUAUAACUCGAGUGAAAGCGGGAAUUGGCUGCUACCAACCCGAGAGAGACGAGAAUAUGAUCCUGAGGUUCACCACUUGGGCCAAAAAAUAGAUUUUGUUUAAAUCAUCAGAUGUAUUCAGUGGUUCUAAAUGUUAUUAUUGAUUUAAAAGCACAUAUUAUUUCAGUCAUGGAGUCAACACAAAGUUUACCUAAAUUAAUAAACUCAUAAUUUCAUUGUAUUUCAAGUGUAAUUCCCAGUGCAAUACUCUAAUAAACAUACACUGAUGAAACCAAAAA